AUGGCCCAGAUUGCUUCAUCUUUGUCCGUUACCGUCUAUGUGGAAGACAUCAAUGAUCAUUCACCUAUAUUUUCUGGAGAUCCAUAUUCGGUUGCUAUUGACGAACUGACUCCAGUUGGUAUAACAAUUUUUAGAGGAAUCAGGGCGACCGACAGGGACAAGCCUAACACUCCGAAUUCGGACGUGCAGUAUGCUAUUACAUCUGGUAACGAAAAGGGAAAAUUCACCCUUGGAAGUAGCUACGUACCCUUUUUAAUUUUGAAGAAACCUUUGGACUAUGAUACAGGCGACAGAAAAUUUAGGCUCAUCGUUACAGCCACGGACAGGGGAAACCCACCAUUAAGUUCAAAUGCUGUAGUUGAAGUCACAGUAUUGGAUAGUGACGAUUUAGCUCCAAAGUUUACAAAAGGCAUUUACAGAACAAAAAUUCCAGAAUCUUUUCCAAUUUCUGGUAGAAAAGUUCAUCAAUUGAUAAAGUUCAAUCCACCAAUAUUUGCCUUUGAUCAAGAUGUGUCGAUCGACGCCCCCAUACGGUAUGACAUCCUUGCUGGAAAUGAGCGUCAUCUGUUCUACCUCGAUCAUGUCAAUGGGUCCUUAUUCCUGGAAAAGGAAAUCGAUUUGGAAUCAGAAAAGUCUCUUCCAGGAAACACCUUCGUUCUUCAAAUCCAGGCGUCGCAAAUAGAUAAUCCUUUACGGUAUGGCGUUGCUAGGGUUGAAAUAGAGAUUAUCGACCUUAACGAUAAUCUACCCGAGUUUGAACGAGAUUAUUAUAACAUCAGCAUAGUCGAAAAUUUACCUAAUGGCUUCAGUGUUAUGCAAAUAACAGCAACUGAUCAGGAUCAAGGGGAUAAUGCCGAAUUUAGUUAUGAACUGGAAGACAGGAGUAAAGCUUUUUCAUUGAACUCUAAGACAGGGUGGUUGACAGUCUCAAACCAGACACUCCUAGAUCGAGAAAAACGUUCUUCGGUACGAUUACGGGUCUUGGCAAAAGAAAAGUUGAUAAACUUGUUAACCAAUAAAAUCGGAGUUGCUUCAGUCAUAGUAGAUGUUUCUCUACUCGAUGCCAAUGACAACAAUCCAACAUUUAUACCUAGUAACAUAUAUGAAUUUGUGGUAGACAGAGAUUUAAAUGUUGGAGAGUCUGUAGGACGUGUUCACGCUAACGAUCCUGACUUGGAAGGAAACGGCCUUGUUACAUAUUCCCUUCAACAGACUGGAAACUUGAAAAUACCUUUUAGGAUUGAUGGAAAUGGAAGGAUCAUACUAACCCAAAAAUUAAGUAACCAAAAACAAUAUGUGGUGAUAGUUGAGGCUUCAGAUAAUCCUAACAAUCCUAGCGAAAAGAGAACUUCAGUAGCUGUUGUAACUAUUGAUGUUCAAUUUGCCGCACAUCCGGAAGAUUCUCCAGAUUUCAUAGGCGCUCCUUAUGAAUUUUGGGUCGGAAGUGACGUUGGUAUUGGAACAAGUGUUGGGCAAAUUCGUGUCAGUGAUUCUCACGACAAAUCUGGCGUGUCUUUCGAUCUGUUACAUAGCUAUGAAGACGGAGUCCCAUUUGCAAUCGAGGAGCAUACUGGGGCAAUAUCAGUCAUAGAGAAACUCUCCAAUUAUCCGAGAACAAUGUACAAUUUCGAAGGCGUAGCAACUUACAAAGAAGACGAAUCUAUCAUAACGAACGUUACUAUUCACGUGGUUGAUUCUGAACUGGAAAGAACAGUUCUUACCAAACACACUGGAAGCUCCCCGAUAGAAUUUCACGUGCUAGAGAACAGACCUGGUGUUUUCAUUGGAAAAAUCUUUCAACAGAACAUAACAUCGUCGUCACUUCAGUUUGUUAUCGCAAAUCAAAAAGACGUAACAGAUAAUAUCAUUGUUUCUUCUGAUGGUUCAUUGUACGCGAAACGGUCAUUGGAUAGGGAAGAACGAGACACAUAUCAUUUAACAGUGGUGGCAGAGUACAACAAAGGGGCUAUCAGUGGUACCGCAAUAUAUCAGGUAACGGUCAUCGUUGACGAUGAGAAUGAUAACGCUCCAGAAUUUGGACACGCUCAUUAUGAAGGUCUAAUAAAGGAAAACUCCCCACCUGGUACCGAAGUAGACUUGAGCUAUCUAAUAAGGGUAACUGACUCAGACAUUGGUGAAAAUGGACAAUUCUCACUCACAAUAUUAGGAGAAGGUAGCGAAAAAUUUAAAAUCGGGAAAUUUUCUGGAAGAUUGACUUUCAGUGGAACGAACUUUCUUGAUCGGGAAGAAAAGGAAAUUUACGAACUUCAAAUUUUAGCAAAAGAUAAAGGAGGUCUAUAUAGCGAAGCCAAAUUGCGAAUUACUAUCUUAGACGAAAACGACAAUCCUCCAGUCUUCACAGAAUUAUCAGUUACUCCCAAUCAAGGCAUCAAAGUGUUAAUGUUUGACAGUACUCUCCAAAAGUUAACAGCCUUAGAAGAGCAAACAGGAGUAUCUGUUACGAGCUACUAUUUUAGCAACACCUCGAAUAAGGAAUAUAAUGAGAAGGUUAUCCCAGUUCUUUUGGUUCCGGAAGAUAUUCCAGUUGGUUCAAUAAUGUUCAAAAUGCUAGCCACUGAUAAGGAUGUUGGUCUCAAUUCUGACGUGACUUACUCAAUCAUUUCUGAAACAUACAUUCCUAGUGAUAAUUAUGUUUACACUUCGUUAGAUGUUAGGCAGUACUUCACGAUUAUUCCUACCACUGGGGAGGUGACUGUUGCUCGAAAUCUGCCAGCUCAGUCUGAAUUCCGUCUGAAUAUUGCAGCAACUGAUAUCGGUGAAUUGAGGGAUAAUGUCACUGUUCAGAUUCUCAUAAACGAUGUCAAUAACCACCCUCCUGUUUUCCUGCAGUCCUGGUACAAUUUUGAUAUUGAAGAGGGACUGUAUUCUGGAAAAGUACUUGGGCAGAUUGAAGCGUCCGAUGCGGACUUCGGAAAAAACGCCAACAUCUCGUACAAAAUAGAAACAGACGAGGCGGUUUACUUCCCUUUCACCAUCGAUCGCUUUACAGGAUUAUUGACGGUACAAGGAGUUCUUGACCGGGAAGUACAAGAUAAAUAUUCUUUUGUCGUCGUUGCCGAGGAUAAUCCUGAGAAAGGGGCGAAACUGUCGAGCAAAGUAAACGUAGACGUGAACGUAUUAGACAUAAACGACAAUAGUCCGACAUUUUACGGGCACGAUCUGGAGUUAAAGGUAAAAGAUAAAAUAAGGGGCAGCGAAAAACUAUUACCAGUUUAUCACGCGUACGCAGCUGAAGAUAAUCCUGUCGGUACACCUGUUGUUAAAGUGUUUGCGAACGAUUCGGACUUUAGUGGAAACGGAAACGGUCUGAUAUUGUUUAGAAUCCCGUACGAGUCAGGAAAACAAAAUUUCUUCUCCAUUGAUUCCAAGGAAGGUAUCAUUACCAUUAUGUCCAAACUGGAUUACGAAAAACAGAAGCAACAUAAUGUUACCGUGAUUGCGUCGGAUUUGGGAUCUCCCAGUUUAAGUUCGACAGCUCUGGUGAUGGUAAAUGUGGUCGAUGUACCGGAAAACGUUACGACCAUUGUUGAGCCACUGUUUGUUCACAAAUAUUAUGAAGUAGAAAUUGAAGAGAAUGUGCCUGUGCCACUACAAGUACUAACGAUUAAUGUGACGGAUCAUUAUAGACAAAAGAAGUUACGGUUCAGUUUAGUGGACAAUGGUGAUGAAGAAAUCAGGAAGAUGUACAAAGUGGAGUCGAGGAAUGGAACUUUGUACAUAAUACGUAGCCCAGAUAGGGAAAGAAGGGACUUGUACAAUCUUGGGGUGAAGGUUGACGAAUAUAGGGUGGGAAGGGACAUGACCGUUAUGGUGUACCCCAUCACUGAUGAUAAGUUGGGGAAUCUAAAUAAUGAAGUUAAGAUAGUCAUCAGAAUAACAGACGUUAAUGAUAAUCCACCAGCAUUUGCAACAACUGGAGGGCCAAUUAUAGCUGCUAUUCCUGCAACAGCAAGCUACGGGCAUCCUGUUUUAAAACUACAAGCUACCGACCAAGACUUGGGAAUAAAUGGCGAAAUCCGUUAUCAAAUUUUGAGUAAACCAGAGGAAAAGUUCAAACGUUUCGCUAUUGAUCCUGUAAGUGGUCAAAUAAAGACACUUGCAAGUUUCGAAUCGGAUUCGGGAAAAGUGUUUGGAUUCGAUGUUAAGGCAAUGGAUAGACGUGGGGCAGAUGAUGGGAAGUCCUCUAUUGCCAAUGUUUUCGUGUAUAUUUUAGACGAACAACAGCAACUGGUUAUGGUUCUUAACAAGAAACCCAUGGAAAUAGAAAAGGACAUGGAAAGCAUAACCAGGGCAUUGUACAAUAUUACGGGGUACGACGUGAGGGUGAGAAAAUUGGAGCCGCAUAUUGAAAAGAAAUACGUCGAUAACAGCGUCACUGAUAUGUACCUAUACGCAGUUGACCCUUCGCUCAAUGUUGUUGUCGACAUGGAAAAACUAAAAAGGGUCAUCCAUGAAAGGCAACAUGAUAUAGAAGAACAUUUAGGUAACAAUUCGAUUUUGGCUCUAACCAGCAGUACUUCCGUGCAAGAACGAGCCAAGCAGAGCACCCUGUUGUCAAGAUCCGAAAUCAUAGUCGUUAUAUUGGCAUGCCUUAUAUUUUUAGGUGCCUUUAUUACGGCCCUAUGUCUUCUCUGUCCUCGUAAGCCCAGCAAAAGGGAAAUUGCUAACAGUUAUUUCCAUGCCCCUCCAUCGAGUUAUAAUAUGGCGAUGAGUGGCUUGUCUAAAUCUUCCCUGUUUCCGACAUCAUUCGAAGAAGGUCUACAGUACACUGGUCGAGAAGAUCGUCCAGAUCAUUUUCUUCCAGUUCCGUUUCCUGGUAAAGUCGGAACUGCAUGUACGAGGUACACGGGCAGAAAUAAGCCACACUACAGGGACAGAUCCAAAAGUACGGGGGGGUUAGAGACUUCGGUCACUUCCCUUCAUUCCAGCUGCCAUGAUUCCGGAAUUGUGGACGCGGGGGUUCAUUGCGCUUGCAGUCAUUCCACUAGUCGAUGUUCAGAAGAUAGUAGUAGCAAUUACGAAGACUCUUUAAAUUCGACGCCACGUAUAAGACACCAAAUGAAGCAGCACCAGGUGCCCCCUUUUAAUCGGAAACAUCGCCAUAAAAGGUUCCGAAAUAGGUCCCUGUCGGACGGCAUGAUGUCUCCGACGUCCAUGACAACAUUUCACAGUCCCUUGUGUAAUCGCACCUUGAAUCCGGUCUACCUUCCUGGCCAUAAUAGCAGUUUUCGACGAUCGACUGACCAUUUAGUGAUGAGUUCUCCAGUGGGACCAUGACAUUUUGUAUUUUUAUAAUGAAACCUUUUGUAAUAUACACAUACAUUAAUAUACAUAAGUAAUUACAUUCAUAUACACAUACCUACCACAUACAUAAGUACAUAAGUAACAAAAUGUGCUCAGACAAUAUGCCAAAACUGUUAGUGUUACCAUAAUUGGGAUUGUUAUAUUCUUGCUACAAAAGAAAAGGAUUGUGCAAUAAACAUUUUUUUAUAAGA